CAAUCCAUACUAGUCGUCUCUUUAUUUAAAUCCUCCGUCAUCACGUGACCGGCGACCCAUCACGGGAUUCCAUUGACUUAAUACGAACAUCCCACUCUCUGGGACUUGAUAAGAGGCCAACGUUCGCCAUGACGGGUCUUCUCGAUAUGCCACUGGAGGAGUGGCUGAAAGCACGAGUCGCAGAGAUCGAAAUAAGUACGCCUCUCCCAAUUGCAAUCCCAAAGCACCGUCUGCUAACGGGCAAUUGAGGUGGGAAACCCACAAUGGACAUCUCCACCAUCCUGUCGACCCGGAAACCCGACCUCGCCACUUACGAAGCGAUAUACAAGAACCUGCACCAGCAUCCCGGCCUCUCCUUACAGGAAUACCUCGCUGCCGAGACCGCGGCGAAGCACCUACGAGGCCUGGAGGGCUUCGAUGUCCGCACGAACAUCGGCGGCACGGGCCUCGUGGGGAUCCUGAAGAAUGGAGAGGGCAAGACGGUUCUUCUGAGAGCUGAUACCGAUGCGUUGCCUAUCGAAGAGCUGACUGGCUUGCCGUACGCCAGUAAGGCUCGGGAAGUGGACGCGCAGGAUGGGAUUGAGAAGCCCACGAUGCAUGCCUGCGGGCACGACAUGCACAUCGCGUGCAUGCUCGCCGUUGCCGAGACGCUCCACGCUGCGCGGGAACAGUGGAAGGGGACGCUCGUCGUUCUUUUCCAGCCGAACGAGGAGCGUGCUGGGGGUGCGAGGGCCAUGAUUGAGGAUGGGCUGUAUGAUCCGGAGAGGCAUGCUUGUCCUGUACCUGAUGUGGUGCUGGGCCAACACGUCAUGCCUUUUGCAGCUGGUUUUGUCGGGACCAAGGCUGGACCCUUCAUGAGCGCUGCGGAUAGUUACAAAGUGACGGUUUACGGAAGGGGAGGCCAUGCGUCCCAGCCCCAUAGAACAGUUGACCCGGUCGUCAUGGCGGCACACAUCAUCGUGCGGCUACAGAGCAUCGUUGCUCGGGAGGUGAACCCAGCCGAUGCGGCCGUGGUGACAGUGAGUAACGUCCAGGGCGGCAUGGCAGAGAACAUCAUCCCUGGCGAGGCGAGCAUCAAGCUCAACGUGCGAACCGUGGUGCCGGAAACGAGGGAGAAGGUGCUAGCAGCCAUCAGACGGAUUGUGAAGGCCGAAUGCGAAGCCAGCGGAGCUACCGCCGAGCCGCUGUGGGAACGCAUCAGCGAAUUCCCCUUCACGACCAACGAUAAGGAGGUUACGGAGACGCUGGCGGAAGCCUUCACGAAGCAGUUUGGCGACAAGCACCUGACUGAUUCGGCGCCAUUGGGAGGGUCGGAAGAUUUCUCCAUCUUGGCUACGGAAGCCCCGAAUAAGAGCGGUGGCAAGGGAGUCCCGUAUAGCUAUUGGUGGUUUGGAGGAACCGAUCCGGCGAUGGUUGAAGAGGCCAAGAAGGUGGGAAAUACGGAUGGGAUUCCGAUUAAUCACAGUGCGUAUUUUGCGCCGGUGAUCCAACCUACGAUGUCGACAGGAGUUGAUGCGAUGGUUGUUGCUGCUUUGACCUUUUUGAGAUAGAAAAUGGACAGGAUAGAUUAUACAUGACCCUGGGGCAUUGGUGGCAUCUCUACUACACAUUGUGCCAGAUCGACGCUGUGGGAGCUUUGUGUUGGGAUUCGAGUAGAUCAGAACUUGGAUUGAUGCCAUAAUCCUAUCUAUCUUUCCUCCCCC